AUGGAAAUUGCAGUAAAGGAAGAGCGCCCCCUCCUGUUUGCUUUCCUCGACAUAUCUCAGGCUUACGACAGCAUUGAGCAGGACAGGCUAUGGCAAAUCUUGCAGGCGCUUGAUAUGCCAGAGGAGUGGCGCAACCUACUGCAGCGCCUUUAUGCAGACGCCGAGGCAGUGGUUCAGUGGGGCAACUUGAUCACUCCCCGGAUUCAGGUGUCUAGGGGACUCAGGCAGGGCUGUCCGAUGUCACCACUGCUCUUUAUGCUGUACGUGGCCGGAAUGGAGAGGAAGCUUUCAGAGUCUGGACUGGGGUUCAAUUUGAACUACCUAGAGGAGGGUUUUCAGAGAGUACGAAGGCUGCCUGCCCUCUUCUACGCAGAUGACAUAGUCCUGCUGGCGGACAAUGCGGCCGAGAUGCAGGCUCUGCUUGACAUCUGUGCGAGGGAGGGUACGGAUCUUGGGCUGAACUUCAGUGCAAGAAAGUCUGCGGCCAUGCGGUUCACACCAUGGGAGGCAGUGCGGGACCCGACCCUCCUGCUGCAGGGCAAGGAAAUUGAGUGGGCGGACAGAUACAAGUACCUUGGGGUAACGGUGACGGCAACGAUGAACUAUAUAUGCGGGUAUGAGAAGGAGUUGCGUGCCAAGGCUUUAAAGCGCCGGGCCUUCCUGGGCUCACGAGCUCUGUGGGCCUUCAGCAGGUACGAGGUCACCAGGGAACUGUGGAAAGGUGUUGCGGUCCCUGCUCUGACUUUCGGUAACGCUGUGGUGUGCCUCUCAUCCGCGACUAGGCAGGCGCUCGAGGUUCGCCAAAGGGAAGCGGGUCGCACAGCCUUGGGGGUGCACGCCUUCACUCCUAAUGAGGCAGUGCAGGGCGACCUUGGGUGGUCGUCUUUCGAGGCGAGGGAGGCAGUCGCCAAACUCUCUUACGAGAGGCGCCUCAGCGGCCUGCCAGAUGGCCGUUGGGCCCGGGAGGUGUACAAGUACGUACACCUCCGGUCGGUGCGGACGAAAUGGGUCGCCCGAACCCGCUCGCUAUCGGAGCGAUACAGGGUGGAGGCUAUCCGGCUGACGGCCCCCCUCCAGCGCGACACAAGGAAAAAGGUGCGGGAAUCAGUUAGCGCGGUCGAGACUGAGAGAUGGAGGGAGUCGGGACGAGCGAAGAGGGCCCUGGCCUUGUAUUGGGAGGCAAAGACGGAUAUUGCCAAGGAGGCGUUGUAUGACAACUCCAGGGGCAGCGGGCUACUGUGCGAGGCGCGAAGUGGUGUACUUAGGACACGCUCGCUGCGCGCCAGGUACACUGCCGAGCUUGACACGAUGUGCCCCUUGUGCCAGGGCGCAGAAGAGACAAUCCGGCACAUUGUGCUAGAGUGUACUGGCCUGCGCCCUGCGAUACAUGAUGCUCAGGACUCUGGCACCUCGGCACAAGGCGCGACGGGCGCAACAAACGACAGCAGCGCUUUGGCAAGAGCUCUCGGUUUUCGCGGGUCCGGCGAGCUGCCAAGCUGGGAAGCGGUGGAGGCUACGAAGCGGCGGCUCGAAUGCUGGUGGAGAAAACAGGUCGAGCAAACGCGCGCGCCGCGGCGGUAG